CACGAGCCUGUCCACACACACACACAUGCACAUACACGCACAUAUACACACACACACUCACACACAGUGCAGCUUUGGAAUUUUUUAUUUCAGGAACUAUGAGGAGAUCUAUCGGAGUCUGAUUUCGGAUCCGUAAACUUUCCCGACUUUAGGCGCUCUUCGUGCUCUCCGUCUUUUUUUCCCCCGGUGCGCUCUGCGUGAUGCCCGCUGGCAUGUUCAGCAUCGACAGUAUCCUGGCCGGUAGAGCUGGCAGAGCUGGCCGAAGUGCCCGAGCAGGCUGUAAGGACUCUCUCCUGCUCAGUGGGGAUGAAGGGCCGCUUCUCUUCCCCGGUUUGUCGGAUUCAUUGGCAGCCGCGGCUCCUGAUUACAGCGGAGUGUAUUCAGCCCGGAUACCGGCCUACACCUCCUACUGCUACGGCGCGAGCGCGGCACCGAGCUGCUGCCCCGGAUCCUUACCGAGUCAGUGUCCGUGCAUGCCAACAGUGUAUGACAGUCCCGGCUCGGUGCUGAUGUCCCCGGUUCCUCCUCCUCACAUGAUGUCCUACAUGUCCAUGUCCCCUCUGGCUCCUCUCACCCCCCUGAGCUCGGUGUCGCGCGCGGAGCUGCAGCUCCUCAAUCAGCUGCACUGCAGGAGGAAGCGGCGGCACCGCACCAUCUUCACCGACGAGCAGCUCGAAGCGCUCGAGGGCCUUUUUCAGGAGACUAAAUACCCGGAUGUGGGCACGAGGGAGCAGCUGGCCCGAAAAGUGCACCUGCGCGAGGAGAAGGUGGAGGUUUGGUUCAAAAACAGACGAGCAAAAUGGAGGAGACAGAAAAGAUCAUCGUCGGAGGAAUCAGAAAGCACACAGAAAUGGACCAAAUCCGGCAAAAGCGCGACUGCCGAGAAAACAGAGGAGAGCAAAAGCGACGCGGAGUCGGACAGCUGAUAAACACACACACACACACACACACACACACACACUCUCACACACACACACACACACACAAAUACAUUUAUAAUGUCUUAAUAUAAUCACCGAUCGGACUUGUACAUAAUGUAAAAAUAAUGUCGUGUGAAACUGAAAACGUAAUGUAAUGUUUUCAUGCUGUUGCACAGAUGUAUAGUAAAUGUGACAUUUUAGCAUUGAUUAUUGUUAUUUAUAUUAAUUUAAUUUUUUUUUACACAGCAGACAAAAUAUACCGUGGUCUGGUUAUAUGAAUAUUAAAUAUUACUAUCACGUGAAAGCUCUUCUUUUUUUUUUUUUUUUUUUAAUUUUAAUUAUUAUUAUUCUUAUAAUUCUUAUUAAUUUUUUUUAAAGAUGAGGACUCAUUAAAAAAAACGUAGCCAUGGUCAUGUUUCUGUAUGGAAAAGUUACUGCGUCGGAUGGACGCUUAAGAUCAGACAUCUUCAUGUCAGGAUUGUUAUUCAGUUAAUGAAUGAUUAAACAGUAUAAAUAGAACAUUUGGGCCCAUUUCCAUCGGUUUUCUAAAAUAACUAAGUAAUAAACAAAUAAAAAAUAAAAAUAAAA